AUGCCCCCCACAUCACCAUCGCCAGCUCGUAUCCCACCCCCCACACGCGCGAGAGCCUCGAAGAAUAACACCUUCUCUGCCUCGCUCCAGUGUGUCAGUCCCACUUGGGACGGACCUAACCCUGACCCUGACCCUGUUACGGAUGAACCGCCAGCCACUGCUUCUGCCCCCACGGGCGUGAAACUAAGGGACUAUCAGGAGGAGUGUAUCCAGACUGUUUUAGCGGCCUUUGAGCAGGGCCAUAAGCGGAUUGGUAUCUCGCUGGCUACGGGGAGUGGCAAGACCGUUCCGCGGUCCGAGUUGGCCACCCAGACUCUGAUCGUAGCCCACCGACGCGAGCUUGUUGAGCAAGCCGCUCGGCACUGCUCUAACACGUACCCGGACCAGACCGUCGAGCUCGAGCUGGGCAAACUGGCGGCCUCGGGCACGGCCGACAUCACCGUGGCCAGCCUCCAGAGUAUCCUCUCACGCGACCGGUACCUCAAGUUUGACCCGGACCGGUUCAAGCUCGUCUUAGUGGAUGAGGCCCACCACAUCGUGGCCCCCGGCUAUCUGAAGCUGCUGGAGCACAUGGGUCUCCGGCAUAAACAAGCCAACUCGCCAAACCUCGUCGGCGUGUCCGCCACCUUUGGCCGCUUCGACGGUGUCAGCCUGGGCGCCGUCAUCGACGAGAUCGUGUACCACAAGGACUACGUCGACAUGAUCAGCGAAAAGUGGCUCAGCGACGUCCUAUUCACCACCGUCAAGAGCAACGUCGAUCUCUCCCAAGUCAGGAGAAAGGGUAAAGGAGGCAGCGGCGAGUUCGAAACCGACUCGCUCUCACGGGCUGUCAACACCACUGAACUCAACGACGUCGUCGUCCGGACCUGGUUCGCCAAGGCAGCAAACAGAAAGUCGACACUGGUGUUCUGCGUCGACCUCAACCACCUUACAUCCCUAACACAGCGGUUUCGCCACUACGGCGUCGACGCCCGCUUCGUGACCGGCGACACGCCCACCCGCGAACGCGCCGAGCGCCUGGACGCUUUCAAGAACGGCGAAUACCCGGUCCUUGUCAACUGCGGCGUCUUCACCGAAGGGACCGACAUCCCCAAUAUCGACUGCGUCUUGUUGGCCCGGCCCACCCGGUCUCGGAACCUCCUGAUCCAGAUGAUCGGCCGCGGCAUGAGGCUUCACAACAACAAGAAGGAUUGCCAUGUCAUCGAUAUGGUCGCCGGGCUCGAGGCUGGUAUCGUGAGCACCCCGACGCUGUUUGGUCUAGACCCCGAUGAGUUAGUGUCCGAGGUCACAGCAGAAGAAAUGUAUGAACUGGCGGACCGCAAAGAAGCGGAAUUGGAGCGGGAAUCCCGCGCGAAGGAAAACCUCCCCGCCGACGAGCCGGCCUCGCAGCGCUCGUACAACGUCACCUUUACCGAAUACGAUUCCAUCUUCGACCUGAUUUCCGAUUCCUCCGGCGAGAAGCACGUCCGCUCCAUCAGCCGGCUCGCUUGGGUGCAGAUAUCGCCCGAUAAAUACAUCCUAAAUGGGAGCGGCAAAACAUACCUCAAGAUAGAGCGGGUCCCCAAUGCUGGGCCCGACGAGCCCCAGUACAAAGCUUUCGAAGUCAGGGAGCUGCCGUCGAGCUCCAACUCCAAGUCGCCCUAUGCGGCCCCUCGCGAGGUGCUCAGCGCACACACUUUCGUCGACGCCAUCCACGGUUGUGACAAGUACGCCAGCGAGAAAUACCCCUUCUUUGUCAUCGGUGCCUUCUUAAAUUGGAGGAAGGACCCCGCGACCCCGGGGCAACUCAAGUUUCUAAACCAACUCCGGGGCACUGGCGAGGAGCUGGGGCCGAAUGAUAUUACCAAAGGCGCGGCCGGUGACAUGAUCAUCAAGCUCCGGCAUGGCGCCCGCGGUCGCUUUGCUGCUCUCGAGGCUGCGAGGAAGAGGCAGGUCAAACUGGCUGCCAUUGAUGAACUGAAUCGCGAGAGGAAGCUCAACGAGGUGGUCUCGGUCGGACCUCUCAAUGCCUAA